CUAGAGCAGCACGGCCUUCUGGGAAAUGUAGUCCACUCUAAAGGCUGAGACACAUGGCGGAAGUGGCUGGAGAGAGGUUGUUCCGGAUCAUCUCAGUGCCCUACCCGACCUAACCGGGUGCUGCCCUGGUUGGUAUUCGCCGGUCCUCGGAGUUCAUAGCCCGUGGUUGAUAGUUCGUAGUUUAUACUUUUGAGUUCCGCACUUUUUCCAACGUGCCCAGAAGAGCAGAGAAGUAUGGCUAUUGUGGAUGUCAACACCGUGUUCAAGGGGCUGGUGGUGUUCAGGGAUGUGGCUGUGGAGUUCUGUAAGGAGGAGUGGGAGAGCCUGGGCCCUGAUCAGAGGUCUUUGUAUCGGGAUGUCAUGUUGGAGACCUACAGCAACUUUGUGUCGCUGGGACUUGCCAUUUCUAAGCCGUCAGUCAUUUCUCUAUUGGAGCAAGGCAAAGAACCCUGGAUGGUGGAGCGGGCAGGAUGGUACCCAGAUUUGCUGUCUGGAAGUGAAACUAAGAAUUUAUCUCUAGAGAGUGGCAUCUUUGGAAAGGAAUUGUUAAAAUGGAAAAUAAUAGAAAGAGUCAAUAAUUCUUGCCUUGAGGAAUCUUGUUUUGAAAAUGAUUGGAAAUGCAAGGGACUCCUUGAGACACAACCGCAAUCUACAGAGCAAUAUUUACAGGGAGUGACAGAUCCAUUGGAAGAGAUGUCAACAGAAUUCAUUCAACCUACACCUGUUGCUCUAAGCGAAAUGACUCACUCUGAAACGAAACACUAUGAACAGGAAGCAGGUGAAACCAUUACUCAGCCGGUAAGAAUUCCUACCAGUGACAAACUUAAUGAAAUGUAUGAGAACACCUUUAUCUAUUACACAGAUCAGAUGAAACAUCGACAGGAUUUUGCUGGCGAGAAAUGUGAUGAAUUGAAGGAAUGUAGCAGAGGAUUUGCGUAUGACUUCCAACUGGCUCCAUAUCAGAUCAAUAAGAAGCCCUAUCAGUGUGAGAUCUGUGGCAAGAUCUUUGAAAAGCAUGCCUAUCUUGUUCAGCACAAUCGCUUUCACACCGGUGAGAAGCCCUGUGAAUGCAAAGAGUGUGGCAAAGCCUUCACUAACUGCUCCCUGCUCGUCCAGCACCAGAGAGUUCACACCGACGAGAAGCCCUAUGAGUGCAAGCAUUGUGGGAAGGCCUUCCUCUACUUCUCUACUUUUUUUCAGCAUCAGAGAACACACACCAAUGAGAAGCCUUAUGAAUGUCACAAAUGUCAGAAGGCCUUUAACAAGAGUGCAAAUCUCACCAGACAUCAAAGAAUUCACAGUGGUGAGAAACCGUACGAGUGCAACUUAUGUGGGAAGACUUUUACUUGGGCUUCCAACUUGAACGACCACCAGAAGAUUCACACUGGCGAAAAACCUUACGAGUGUAACUAUUGUGAAAAGGCCUUUCUCUGCCAUUCAGCAUUCAUGAAACACUAUAGAACUCACACUAAUGAGAAGCCCUAUGAGUGCCAGGAGUGUAUGAAGGCCUUUAGACAGAAAGCACAUCUCAUUCAGCACCAGAGAGUUCAUACUGGCGAAAAACCUUACGAGUGUAAGGAAUGUGGGAAAUCCUUCGCGUGUCCUUCAUACUUUAAUAGACAUCAGAGAAUCCACACUGGGGAGAGGCCUUAUGAAUGUAAAGAGUGUGGAAAGGCUUUUAUUGACUGUAAAACUCUUAUUCUACACCAGAGGAUCCACACUGGAGAGAAGCCUUUUCAAUGCCAGCAGUGUAGCAAGGCCUUUCGGCAGAGAUCCCAUCUUACUCAACAUCAAAGAAUUCACACUGGUGAGAAGCCCUACGAAUGUAAGGAAUGUGGACAGGCGUUCAGAGUCCGCCAACAACUCACGUUCCACCAGAGAAUCCAUACCGGUGAGAAACCCUACCAAUGCAAAGAAUGUGGAAAAGCCUUCAGGCAGUGCGCCCACCUCAGUCGACAUCAGAGGGUUCACGCGUCUGACAAACUCUAUGAAUGCAAGAAGUGUGCAGAGAUCUUCACGUGUAGCUCAGACCUCCGAGGCCAUCAAAGAAGUCAUAUUGGUGAGAAACCACAUGAAUGUAAAGAGUGUGGGAAGGCCUUCAGGGUACGGGGACAGCUCAGUCUCCACCAGAGGAUCCACACGGGGGAGAAGCCCUAUGUGUGUAAGGAGUGCGGGAAGACCUUCAGGCAGUACGCGCACCUUACCCGGCAUCAGAGGCUCGACAACGCGGGCGCGUGCUACAAGUGUAAGGAGUGCGGCCAGGCUUUCCUGUGCAGCACCGGCCUUCGGCUGCAUCACAAACUGCACACGGGGGAGAAGCCCCACGGCUGCAAGGAGUGCGGGAAGGCCUUCCGCGUGCGGCAGCAGCUCACCCUGCACGAGCGGAUCCACACGGGCGAGAAGCCCUUUGACUGCAAGGACUGCGGGAAGACGUUCAGUCGCGGCUAUCAUCUAACGCUCCACCAGAGAAUCCACACCGGUGAGAAACCGUACGAGUGUAAGGCGUGUCAGAAGUCCUUCCGCCGUUACUCGGAGCUCAUUUCCCACCAAGGUAUUCACGUCGGGGAUAAGCCGUAUGACUGCAAGGAAUGUGGGAAGGCCUUUAGGCUGUUCUCACAGCUGACUCAACACCGGAGUAUCCAUUUUGGCGAGAAGCCCUAUAAAUGUUUGGAAUGUGAGAAAACGUUCAGACUGCUCUCACAGCUCACUCAGCAUCAGAGCAUCCAUACGGGUGAGAAACCCUACGACUGCAAGGAGUGUGGGAAGGCCUUUCGGCUCCAUUCAUCACUUAUUCAGCAUCAGAGAAUCCACUCUGGCGAGAAGCCUUACAAAUGUACGGAGUGUACGAAGGCCUUUAGACAACACUCACACCUCACCUACCACCAGCGAAUUCACAAGAAUCCUAAAGGAGCCUUUUAAGGACUCUUCCAUUGCAAAUACGUUAAGGAGCAUUAGAAAAUUCUACAAGAAAAAGGCUUUAAUCCUUUCUUUUUUUUUUUUUUUUGUUUUGUACUCAGAAGUAUCGACAUGAAAGGUUUCAGUCAGAGGGAAAAGUGUUAAACUUUAGGAGGUUCGCUCUGGAGUGGAAUUUCACUGAAGGUAUUCUAGCUAUACGCAUAGCCCGGGCACCCACUCGUUUUGAAAAUUAACAAAUAAAAAGAACUGUCUGUAUAAGCU